UAUUAAAACUUGCAAAACUGUUAGAUGAUCUAUCAGCCUUUUAUAUUCUGAUCAUAGUGUUCAGCAGCAUUCACUAAAAUUACAGUUUUUUCUUAUAUCCAAUGGAUGAAAAUUUCCAUUAUCAAAAUUUGGCAUCAUGCAAUCAGUGGAUCAAGUCGAGACCAUCAGCAUCCCAAGACGCGUUAAGGGCACCAAAUCCUGGGCAGAUAUCUUCGCAGUUUCAUUAAAUGUCUGCAUUAUCCUGUUCUUCUACAUGUUCGAUGCUUUGUACGUAAUGCCACAGUUUUUGGGAUUCUUUGGACAGUCGGUUCAUUUUCUGUUGACCACUUGGAUUGUCUACAACAUUCUGGGAAACCUAAGGCUUUGCACCAAGACGUUGACCACUGUGGACUCUUUGCCGCCUAAAAUGCAGCAGCCGAUGAAAGGUGAGGAGCAUCUGUGGCACUAUUGCAACAUAUGCCAGAGGACAGUGCCGCCAAGGUCCUGGCACUGCGAUACCUGUAAUGCGUGCAUUCUGAAGCGGGAUCACCACUGCAAUUUUGUGGGCAACUGCGUGGGACACAAUAAUCAGCGAUACUUCAUAUGGUUCUCAUUUUACGCGGCCAUCGGCAGCGGAGUGGCCUUAUUUGAUAACUUCUUGUUGGCCCAUAAGCACGGUAUUGGACUUUUCGAUUUAGUCGCAGCCAAUUUGAUAAUUUAUAAUGCGAUUAUAAAUCCUGGCGCACAAGACUUUACGGUUUUCUGUCGAAUAAUCAGUGUCUUAAGUGUCAACAUAUUUGCCGUUGUGUUUCCAGCAGCUCUGUUUUGCACUCAAAUUGUGACGGUGCACAAAAACUCGGUAAUGCACGAUUAUUCGGAUCGAACCUACGAUCUUGGAAUCAAGAAUAACUUGGCUCUGGUCCUCGGCAGCCGUCGAUUGUGGACUUUCCUAUCGCCAAAUAUCAAAAGUCCACUGCCCCACAAUGGCACACAAUGGAAAUCGCAGCCGUCUAGUCGGAUUUAGAUAUCAUCUAUCUAUUCAUGUCCAUUGAUAUAAUAUUGUGUAUUACCAUGCCACGCAAUCGAGUCUUUCACUUCAUUUAAU